AUGUCCGUACCCAAUGAUUCCCCAAACAUAUCAACCAACAAAACUGAAAGACAAGAUCAGCAGGUUUUGCUACUGUCUAUUGGUGAUGUUGGCGACGAUGAUGGUGGUGAUGAUGGUGUUAGUGAUGGUGAUGGUGAUGGUGAUGGUGAUGGUGGUGGUAGUGGUGGUGGUGGAUACGGUGAACUUUGGUUGUUUGAUGUGACAGGAAAACUAAGAUGUAUGAAUGGAAUGGCAGAAGAAGAAGAAGAAGAAGAAGAAGAGGUAGAAGAAGAAGAAGAAGAAAACGAAGAAGUAGAAGAAGCACUUGUUCUUAGAGCAUCAGAAUACUACUGGUCGGUAAUAAUCGGUAACGGAUGGCCAUAG